GGGGCGUGGCCUCUGUUCUUCAAAGGUCCUGUCACUCACAGGGGCUCCAGAUUCCAGCUCAGGUGUUACAGAGCUGCACGCGCAGCCCCACGAGUCGCGCUCAGAGCAAAACACACGCAUAACUCACUUUUACACGAACAGCGCGAGCGGACAGCUGUCACCGGGGACAGAAGUGACUCAGAUAGACGCUUAUUUAUGGUUACCCACUAAUGGCGCUGUCGCGAGAGAUUUUUGUCCUUUUUCAGGUGAAUAGUUUCUGUUUGUUAUGGGGGCAUAUCACCUCAGCUCAGCGUUUGCGCACCUGGCCAACCCACGCCAGUGAAGUCGUGCUCCUACAUGCAAUCUGAAAGGCUCUGGAGCGGAAUCAGGUUCCUGUGCGUAUUGUGGAUUAAAACCCUCGAGGGGUUUGAUACGUGUAAUUUGUGGAUUGUUUCACCCCUGGAUUAAUGACCAAUAUGGAGCUGCCAGGGAGAUGUAUGUUAUUCGCAGCGCUCGUGAUGAGCGUUCCUCACCCUGCGUGUUCAGGAUGUGAGAAUCAGGUUUGUAAUCCACGCAUGGGGAACCUGGCAGUCGGGCGUCCUGUACAGACGAUUUCCCAGUGUGGCUCAACCUCUCCAGAACGCUAUUGUAACUACAAAAUGGGUAGUUGUGUGUUGCACUGUGAGGUGUGUGAUGCUUCAGUAACACAUCGUGCGCACCCACCUGCCUCCAUGACAGACUCGCCCUUCAAACACCCGCCGACCUGGUGGCAGUCUGCUCAGGAGGUUACAAUAGAAACUCUACAGUUGGAUUUAGAGGUGGAAUUUUACUUCACCCAUCUCAUUAUAAUAUUCCGGUCGCCACGCCCUGCUGCCAUGGCAAUAGAGCGCUCGCAGGACUUCGGGCACACAUGGAGCGCUCUGAUGCUGUACGCACACAACUGCAGUGAAGUAUUCGACCUGGAGGAUGGACACAGAUGCACUCAGAAAUACUCCACAGCAUGGCCUUGCAGCAAUGGAGAGGUCAUUUACCGUGCUCUGUCACCUUGGGACAAAAUGGAUCCGUACAGCAUUGAUGCCCGAGCCCUCCUCGGCAUCACUAACAUACGGAUGCGUCUACUUCAACCGCAGUCCUGCCCCUGCCAGCCUAAACUUCCUGAUGCCAAAGGGCCUACUGCCCACUAUGCCAUCUAUGACCUCAUUUUAAAGGGAGGCUGUUUGUGCCAUGGACAUGCAGACCAGUGUGUGCCUGCUGGUGACCAACAGAUCACACACCCUCCUAGCAAACACAUGGUGCACGGUAAAUGUCUAUGUCGGCAUCACACGACUGGGGAUCACUGUGAACGCUGUGAUCGCCUUUACAAUGACCAACCAUGGCAACCAGCUAACGGUUUAACCGGGGAAGCUCAUCAGUGUGCUAAGUGUAAAUGUAACGGCCACGCAGAGAGCUGUCACUUUGACGAAACUGUAUGGCUACGCUCGGGUCAGCGAAGUGGCGGUGUGUGUGACUGCCUUCACAACACCAGCGGCCGCCACUGCCAACACUGUCAGAGCGGCUUCUACAGAGGCCCCGAGAGACCCUUCACUGCCCCGGAUUCCUGCAGACCUUGCAUGUGUUACCAUGUUGGUUCCACAUAUUGCAACCCUGAGAAUGGAGACUGCGUCUGUAAGCCAGGGGUGGCUGGACCACGCUGCGACCAGUGCAUGCUGGGAUAUUGGGGUUUUGAUGAAUAUGGUUGCAAGCCCUGCCAGUGUGCUGGUGAUUGUGACCCGUACACAGGAGACUGUAUGUUUAGGUCUGAAUCAGCUCACAACAUCACGGCAGAAAAUCAUCUUUUUCGAACAGAAGAGCUUUUCUCCGCCCUUAGUCAUCCAGACAAAUGUUUAUGCAAACAGCAAGCUCUUGGAAACAGCAAAGUAUUCUGCAACGUAAAAUAUGCCUAUGCAGUGAAGGUGAAAGUGCUCAGUGCUCAUGAUAAGGGAUCUCAUGCAGAGGUGGAUGUUAAGGUUCUCAAGGUGUUGUGGGAUAUCUCGCGCCUCAGGCUCUCUCGUGGAAAUCGAAUUCUUUAUCCCGAGUCUUGGAUGUCACGAGGCUGCACCUGCCCUGUACUUUUUCCAGGGAUGGAAUAUCUUGUAGUUGGACAUGAGGAUGUGAGAAAAGGCCGUCUCAUGGUUAACAUGAAGAGUAUAGUGAAGCCGUGGAGACCCAGCUUGAGCCGAAAAGUCCAUCAGCUUCUGAAAACCAAAUGUAGCUCAAAGACCUAGAGACACAGAGAGAUGUUUAAAAUGUCUUCCAUGCCACUUGUCAACUUAGCCUUUAUUUUAUAAUGAUCAUUUUCACCCUCUGAAUCAUACUAAUUCUUCAAAACGGUGGUUCUCAACCGUUUUAAGGCCCCCUUUUGUCCAAGACAAAAUUUGGAGACCCUCGCAUCUAAGCUACCCCUGGUAGUCUGUUGUAAUAAAAUAAAAAAUAAACUUAAUUUAAUUACAGUUUAAUGUUGUAAAUGUUGAGUUUUUAUGUGAAUAUAAUUAAAUUUAUAUCAUUUUAUGAUCUACUGGGGCCCCCUGGUUGAGAGCCACUGCUUUAAAACCCGCUGUUUGGAUGCAUUUGCUAGCUGUCAGGUGAAUGUUAGCACUGUACAGAAUGUAUAAUAUAUAUAUGUAUGUAUGUGUAUAUAUAAGAUAAUAUAUGUAGUUUAUUUCUAUAACUAACCCUGUAUAUAGCAUGCAUUUUGUACACAGAAAAAAUACAAUGCCAUAUAUGCAAUAUUAUUGUCCUAUGUUUAAUUCACUCACAAUUGUAAAUCUAAAAAACUAUUUUAUGAUGUGAUUGAUAUGAGUUUUCUUACAUUUAUUGCAUUAAUAUAUACAUUUUAGUACAGACCACGACCACAAGGUGUCAGUCUAUGAUCAUAUUAAUGAGUAUGUUGACUCAUA